AUGUGCGGACACAAGAUAGUGUGUCCGCGGGUGCGACACUAUCUGAUACGGCGCGACACAGGACGGCGAGCCGUCGGCGUCGGUGGCGGUGUCAGCUGCAGUGGGCGCAGGCGGCAGACGGGCAUUCCGGCUCACAGGUGUGGCGACGGCAGCGCGGCGCGCGCCCUCUGCUGCAAGCUGGCUGCGGCUGGGCCGGAGGCCGGCGCAGCUGCUGACAAAGCCCCGGGCGCAGGGGCCGCCGGCGAUGCAGUGCGCCGCCACAGGAGGCGGCGCGUGUGGAUGCUGGUGGCCGCCUGCUGGCUCGCCAUCUCGCUGCUCGGGCUGGUGGCGCUGCUGCAGCUGAUGGCUCCUUCCGGGGACAGAGACGACGACGUAGACUCGGAGACGCACCCGCACGGCGGCAGACGCGCCGACAUCGACGCCCCACCCGUAGCCGACGUCGUCGCCGUGCGCACCUACGGGACACAGUCCUGCGGCAUCCAGCCGACGUGCCAAGUUACGUGCCAAAAUAUGAAAGGCGAACACCUGAGCUCCAGCAUCACAGAGCUUCUGGAAAACCACAAGGAUUGCAACAGUAGCAUGAAACUAGGGGUCAGUAACGUCGAAUUUGCUAACAGCACCUUGGCAGCCGGCUGGCUGGAUGUGAGGGCGACACUCAGUUCACUGACCCUCAGCAACUGCUCGAUCGAAGCCUUCCACGAUGACGCCUUCAAUACUUCGCAGUUCGCCAACCUGGAAACGCUGACUUUGAAUGGGCUCCCCUUAAAAAAACUGCAGACAGCAGCACUCCGUCCACUCCGCAACGUUGGAACCCUGUCUCUUGAAGAUUGCCACGCUUUGCAGGAAGUGGAUCCGAAAGUCACAGACGUGCUUCCUAAGCUGUGGAGCCUGCAAGUACUGAGAACCAUAUACAGCAGCAACAGGCACAUACUCCCAGCGUUCGCGGGCACCACAGAGAUCGUAGACCUCAAACUCAACGUGUUGGGCACACUGCGGCCCGAGGACGUCGGCGUCACAGCCGUAUCAGCGGCGACCCUGAACCUCGAGAUGUCUGGCAUCGAGGAUGUGCUAGUUGGUACCUUCCCGGCAUCGAGGAAACGUCAACUGUUGACCCUGAAUGACAAUAAAUUAACGACACUGAGAAAUAUGUCAAUCUCGUUUGAAAAUCACCAUGAUUACUUUAAAAUGUAUCUCGCAGGCAAUCCCUGGAAUUGCGACUGUUCCCUUCUGUGGCUCCUUCCACAUGUCAGUACAAUUGGAGAUACACCAAUUUGUUCAACUCCACAACAUUUCACUGGCUGGAAUCUGACAUCUGCCUUGGACCAGCUGAAAGAAUCCUGCGCUAUAUCUUCCACGUCACUGCCGCCGUCAACUGCCCCUGAAACAACAGAGUCUUCAGUAACUGGAACCUCAGAACCUACAGGGACAUCGGCAAGCGCGACAGCUGAAACUGGACCGACAGCUAAUGAUGAGAGCACUCCACCUUCAACCAGCGAUCACAGCUCAACCACGGCACCUGACAAUACUUCCGAGCUCCCAACAACUUCAUCAGGAAGUUCUACACUUAGCACUUCCGAAGCCCCCACCACGACACAUGCUGCAACUGAUUCUACAUUCACCACUGUUAAGAUUCCAACAUCACCGCUACCAGAUGAGCGGCCAGAUGAUCUGAAGCUAUGCUACCACGUAGAGUUCUCGGAGCACGAUGUCAUGGAGGACUGGAGAGAAGAUUCGGUUCUCAUCCACGACAUCGACGAGUGUACACUCAAAAUCUUAGUGCCGUACAGUGUCGCUGGUGGAUUCAUGGUGUGGAAGGAAGCGGAAACCGCAGACUGCUACGAGACAAGCCCUCUGAACUCACCCACCGUUGUUUUGGAAAAUCUCAAGCCUGAGGUGGACUACAAUAUCUGCGUUCUGCGACCUGAAGAGACGAGAACAUCCAUCCACAAUUGCCAGCCGCACAGGACAAUGGCAGAGUACACCAAACGAACAUGGCUCUCCAACGGCGACGUGCCGCUCGCGGCAGGUAUGGCAGCCAUCGGGUCAAUCGUGGUGACGAUUCUGUCGGCGGGGAUAGCCGUGUUCCUGGUGCGGCGUCAUCCGACCUGGAUCUUCCACGAUGUCUGGGAGAUGGACAAAAAGACCGUGAUCCAACGGAGGCCCAACGUCGCGGAUCGGCGACUCUCCUUCCCGUCUUGGUGGCCCCCGCCUCCACCUCCGAACCCUCGUCGCCCGAGCUCCAGCCAGAGCACUGGCUCCGGCAGUUACAUCAAUGUCGAACCACCAGCAUCACCACUGCAACUGGUCGCCCAGUUCCUGAGGCGGUCGAGCGGCAGCGUCAGGAGGAUGUUUCAGCUACAGGACGGCGCCAAUCGGCAGAGCUCCUCACCUCCCUCCACCAGACCCUCACACUCAGGAUCCCGCCCGAGUACUUCCCCAUCGAACUGCUCCGUGUGUACCGACUCCACUAACACCACUAUCUCUGAAGAUAUCUACGCAGGACGACAAUAGGGCUAUUUACUGGCCUCGACCUACUGGAAGUGCAGCUCACGCCUUGCAGAAACUCCUAAGUUGCUUCCACUAGUACAGACAAGGCACCUUUGUGGAACGACGUUCUUCGCCGAUGCGGCGACUGCCAGGAAGAAGGAUGGCUGUCCCUUCUGUCACAGUGGCGUUACUCGCUCUCUCUUCACAGAACGUGCAAGAGACAACUCACUUUGCGAGCAAACGGAGGCACCCACAGAGGAGGAGAUCUGGCUUCCACGUAUUCAAACUGUAGUCAGUCGUCGACUGCUCAUAGGACUGAACUUGUUUACUUUCAGUGGCAUAAUGUGCAGGGACUCAUCUGGACAGUGACAGCGAUGUAGUACAGAAGUUACAAGGUCUUUUUUUGAGCUCAGUGUGCGCGAGUAUCUCGGCAGUUGAUUUUUUAUGAAUGUCAAUAAAUGUGUUUCAUACUAA